AGAGAGAGAGUGUAAACAAAAAUAAUUUUGCACUGUCAAUUGUUGUUGGGGGAAAAAAUAAUUAACAGUUAAUAAACAAACAAAUAUUAAGCUGAAUAUUGGAAUAAUGAAUGAAGGCAACAACAUGGCAAAGGAUCCAACCAGAGAGACACUCAAAAAGCUAAUAGAGCAUUCCAAUGCAACAUUUAGUGCGGACGAUGUAUUGAGAGAGUUUCGCAUUACCAAGGAGAAACGCAACAAUCGUAAAUUGUUAAAAAUUUUGGAAAUUAUAUCAAAAAAUCAACCUAAACAGGCGGAUAAUCUGAUUGAGGCCGCAAAGCUAUUGGAGAAAAAAGAUCCCUUCUACUGUUUGUUGAACUUUUUGAAUCACUACUCGGAGACCAACAUUAUGCAAACAAUGCGUAAAAAGGAUAUGUCCAGCUCUACACCCAUGUUGGCCAAGACUAUGUUUGAGAAUGGCACACCAGAUCGGGUGUCUGAGAUCAAAGAACGUGUGGUGCAGGCAGCCUGUGGUGGCCUAAGUCGUACGGCCCAAAACAAUAAUUCAAUUAUUAGUGCCGGCCUCUUGAGCACAACCCCCAUACCAUCGGCAAUGCCCGCAUUGGGAGGCUGUUCCUUAUUUCCUUCUUCGACGAAAAACAAUAGCCGCAUAGAUGCCCUGUGGGAUUUCCAUAAUAUCGAAAAUAUACAAUUUCAACAGAGCAAUAUUGCUGCCAUACCCUUAAGUAGCCAAGAGAAUCUGCUGCUGUAUGAUUUGAUUUAUUGUCUAACUGGAAUGCGUGGUUCCUAUAUAACACCGGAAUUGGACGCUGUGCGUGAUGGCAAUUUGCAAGCAUUUUCGAUGAAAUUUAAAAUUUCCGAACAAAUUCACAGUUCGUUACGUGAUAUUGCCCAAGAAAUCUUACCGCUGGCAUCACACUACGCCUGCAUACAACAGUUCAUACAGAAAGCAACAUUUUCCAAUUGCAGUCAGGUGUUGCAGGCCUUAAGUGAGGCAUUAAAUAAUCUAAUACAUGAUUACUAUCUCCUCUUGGCACAAUUGGAAUCCGAGUUAAAUGCUGGCAAUUUAACAUUACACAAAAUGUUGUUCUAUGUGAGACCAACCCUCAAUACCAUGGAAGUCUUGGCAGGGGCUGUGACUCUCAUUGUGGCCAACGAACUACGUGGUGGUCAAGCCCUUACCUUGUUAUUCAAUAAAAUAAGUGCUCUCACAGGCGAUGAGGAGUCACAGAAAUUCCUAAUUCAACUCACGCAGCGAGCUGCAAUGCCAUACAUGAACAUAUUGCAAUUGUGGAUACAAAAGGGUGUCAUCAACGAUCCACAACAAGAGUUUUUGGUGGAAGACAAUGAAGUGAUACGUCGUGAAGAAUUGCCCGAACAUUAUUCGGCAGAUUACUGGGAAAAGCGUUACACCAUACGACGUGAACGUAUACCAUGUUUUCUGGACAAGGUUUCUGACAUUAUUUUACGCACCGGCAAAUACCUGAAUGUUAUUCGCCAGUGUGGAAAGAAAGUCACACCACCGCAAACAAUGAAUCUACAAUUCUCACCAACCAAUCAGAAUCACAUCACUGUCAUCCAGAAUGCAUAUCGUUUUGCAUCGAAAAAUCUUUUGGAAGUAUUACUCAAAGAAAACGAUUUGAUGGGUCAUUUGAUGUCGGUUAAACGUUAUUUGCUAUUGCAUCAGGGCGAUUUUAUAACCCAGUUUAUGGAUGCCUGUGAAGAUGAAUUAGCCAAAAACGUUGACAAAGUCCUGCCGAUGACAUUGGAAAAUCUUUUGGGUUUAACUUUACGUCUAUCAUCGGCCAAACAUGAUCCAUACAAAGACGAUGUCCAUUGUGAAUUGUUGACAUACGAUUUGGUAACACAAAUGUCUAAGAUUAUGAACAACGAGGAAGAAUAUUGGCAAACCCAUGACCGCCUCGACUUGAAUGGCCUGGAGUGUUUUGCAUUUCGUUAUGAAGUCAAGUGGCCUGUCUCUUUGGUAUUGAAUCACAUUGCGAUUUCCAAAUAUCAAAUGUUAUUCCGGCAACUGUUCUACUGCAAACAUGUGGAGAGGCAAUUGUGCAAAAUUUGGAAAGAAAAUUCUAUUGCUAAAAAGUUUUCACCGCAGGCGGCCGAACUUUAUCGUUCAGCAUUCACGUUGCGUCAACGGAUGAUGAAUGCUGUGCAGAAUCUUGAAUAUUAUAUGAUGAUUGAAGUUAUUGAACCAAAUUGGCAUAUAUUUAUACAGAACAUGAGUAAGGUGGAAAAUGUCGAUGAGGUAUUGUCGUUUCAUCAGGAUUUCCUAGAUUCCUGUUUGAAAAAUUGCAUGCUCACCGAUGCCACAUCAUUAAAUCGUUCCAUUUUUAAAAUGUGCAACAUUUGCUUGAAAUUCUGUGAAUUUAUACAGAAAUCGCAACGUUUCUUCCUUGAUGCCGAACUUACUUCGAUGAUGUGCGACAGUAACGAUGAGGAAAAUUCUGAAUCUGACUAUGAAUUUGCUAGUCACAAACAGUCUGAGUCGUCCAUGGCUCCAACCGAUACAUUUUCUGAACGUGUCAAACGUUUCGAUUUGGAAUUCACUGGUCUUCUCAUUGGUCUGUUGAAGCAAAUUAAUGAUGUGGCCUCAGAUAAUCCAUCGGAUCGUUUCAUCAAUUUGGUGCAUCGAAUUAAUUUCAAUUCAUUCUAUAACGAACAAAUGGAUAAGUUGUGUGCCAAGGAUUCGAUGAUGGGACAUCAUAAUCAUCAAUAAAAAUGAAGCACCUACCCACCCACAUCCACACACACACAUACACACACCCAGCCAAUUACAUGUAUUAAUAACAGGACAACAACGCAACAACUAAUGAUGAUGAUGAUGAUAAUGUUGUAUCGAAUGCCAUCAAUAUAUUGAUGAUAACUAAUAAUACAAAAUAAUACUCAGACACAAACAUACAGACAGAUAGACAGACACAAAUACAAACAUACUUGCCUUGUCAUUCAUUCAUUCAUUCAUUCAUACAAAUUGAUGAUGAUGAUUGCAUAGAUAUUAUAAUGGAGUAUCAACUACACUAUAUUCAUACAUACACUACAUGUAGCUAUCUAUAUACACAAGUGUACAGCUAUAGCUAGCUAGCCAUACAUUCAGAUAUUUGUUUGUUCGUUUGUUUGAUGUUUUCAUUUUUUUUCUUUGUGCACAAAAAUAAAAUAAAUAAUUGUUAAAACUUGAA